GGACAAACUGACAAAGGUCUUCCCAAGUCCUUGAUUUCGUGGGAGAAACCACUCGAAGCAACGGCUCGUCGGCUGCACUACUCAAGAAAGAGGGCCUGUAGUAGUGGGAGGUAGAGAGAACCGCUGUCGCCGCUUUGACUUUCGGGACAAGAACGGACAUCGACAACUCUGAAACGACCGCCGCACUUGGAUCUGACCAACUCCAGCGCCGAAAACAACUUCUGAAUCGAUCCUCCAACCACGUCACCUCUUCGACGAUGUCCAUAAGAGACACCAUCGAGUUCGACAAGGAGCUUCACUCUCUUUACGAGACAAAGCUACCAGUGUCGGCUUCAAAGAUCAGCGCCCUCACAAAGCUCGCUGUGAAGCAUGCUAAGCAUUACAAGAAUAUUGUCUUCAGCAUCGAAAAAUUCGUGCAAAAAUGUCCCUCGGAACUCAAGCUGGCUGGGCUGUACGUCAUCGAUUCUAUAACAAGGGCCGUAGCGAAGCAUCCUGAGGAAGGAGAAGAGUACAUUGCAAGAUUUGAGGAGAAACUGGAUACGCUUAUUCCGCACUUAUUGCAAGCUCCCCAGAAAGACAAGGAUCGGAUCAAAAGGACCGUCGGAUUGUGGAAGAAAGGAUCUCUGUUCAACGUCAGUUUGAUCACCGACUUGGAGAAGAAGUAUUUCACAGAAGAAGCCGCCGGCAAUGGAGCUGUUUCCGAUCCCCGUUUAGCAACCGGAGGCAAUAUACCCGGGCUCAACACACCCGCUGAUCCGCGACUUGGGGGAGGCGCUCCUGCAGCGUCAAUCAAUCCUGCGGGCUCUUUGGGAGGGCUGGACGCUUCCUUGUUGGGUGCUCUAGGAUCGUUGGGAGGACAAGCAACUAUACCGGGAGUGGACCUUGGCCAGAUGAUGCAGCUGUUGCAAGCCCAACAGCAACAGCAGCAACAGCAGCAAGCAAACCCUUUGAUCAGUCAACUGUUAGGACUGCAAAAUAACUCAUCCCUAGCUGGCCUCGCCGGGCUGAACGCUGGAUCCCUGGACGCUACACAAUUGGCGACGCUGUCUUCCCUUCUUGGAAACUCCAAUGCGAAUGCUCAACAAAUCAACACCGACAAGCAGGCAGAUUUCACAGGAUCACAAAUGUAAGUACAAACGUUACUGCUGCCUAUGUUGGACCGUGUGGAAGUGCAAGUCU